UGAUACACAAACGAAUAAAACAGUUUUGCGGAACAUAGCAGCCCUGUGACCGUUGGGCUCUGAUUUGAGAAUGAGGUAUUUUGGUGUGACAAUUCCAUAAUAUUCUUUAGUUGUAAGAGAUCGCCAAACAAUUAUUCUCCGUGUAUGGGAACAAGAUGUUUGGGCAACAACCGAAUAAGCCUUCCGUUCUCUGUGAUGCUAACGUUAACCAGGCAAGCGCUUUGGGACAGGCACAAACAUCAGUAACAGCACAGUCUGCUAUGUUCGGAUCGAAAGUGAUUCAACCAGGGACCAGCUUCGGAGUAGCUCAAGUUCCCAGGGGACUUGCUCAACAAGGAGCUCCAUCCAAUUCCUUUAGUCAAAUGUCGCAGCAAACGCAAAAUGCCGCACCCUUCACCCUUGGAAGUCUACCCGAACAGAAUCAGACUAUAAGAGCAGCCCCCGGUGACUUUGGAAUCUCCCCCGCUACGAAUUCGCUCUCACAACCCUUUGUAGAUCUUCAGGGAUUUCCUUCAAACUUUGGCCAGGUGCAGCCACAAUCGUCGAAUACGGUUUUUACGCCCAGCAGCGGACACCAACAGGCUCCACAGCAAACUCCACAACUUGGCUCGCAGUUGACAGACUUGCAAGACUCCAUAGCUAACGGCUUCGGAAGAAGCUUACUCGGCGCACAGGCAUUGCCAGCUGUCUUCAGAGGGUUUGGAACGCCUAGUGCUAUGCCUACGACCCAGACUCUCGGAGGCGUCGCGCAUCAGACCAGUGCUUACAAUUUUGCCCAAGUGCAACAGCAGCAGCCCCAACAGGUAAGCGGCAUAUUUUCUCCGGGCGGACAAAGCCAACAGGUGCCACAGUCUCUUUUACUUGGCCAGCAAACUCCCAAUCCGCUGCACGCUGGAUCAGUCGGAAAAUCGGCAGUAAAUUCCGUUUUCGGUGGCUACGAAACCGGGGCGACACCGUCAACAGGAAGUGGCUUCGGACAGAUUAACGCGUCCACAGGUUCUAUCGUAUUUGGUGGCCUCCCGUCAACAGUGAAUGGAACUAGUAUAGAAAGAGGACUCGACGAAGCCUUCUUUAUUCCUGUUGGUACAUCUUUGCCUUUUAGACCCAUCGUGUCGACUGAUACUAUGGUUAAAAAUGGUGUGACCCAACUUGCUCAAAUUCUAUAUCAAUGCGUCACGUGCAUGAAAGAAUAUGAAAAUAAAUCGUUAGAAGAGUUGCGGGUGGAAGACUACCUCGCUAAUCGUAAACAAGGUCCACUUAAUGCCAGAGGAAUCUUUUCAAUGACUUCUAACAUUAAUUUUGAUGUACCCACAAGUCAGUCACAGACAAAUUUUACCUCGUUGAAUCAUUCACUUCUAGCAAAUUUCGGCCAAUCGAGUACAACUGGAAGCCCACCAGCAUCCCCCUUAACAUCAAUUUGUGCAAGAACAUUAACACCAACUGGUUUCAGGCCCUCCCAGACACCAAAUACGCCCUUUGGGGGAUUCAACGCGGCAACGAGACCGACGAGCGCUCCCAGUUCUAAGCCGUUUGUUCCGAAUCUCAAUUUCCCGACACCUUUUAGCACCUGCAUGGGUAUUAAAUCGGCUUCCGGAUAUCACUUUGGAUUAGGCCCGGGGGGUUCUGGCGCGCAACAAAAUCCUCUGAUGUCGGCAGCUUCUUCUGGGCCUAUAAACCAGCUCUUUGAGCCUCCAGCGAACGCAAGUCCGUCCAGUAUAAAUGCGAACAUUCUUCCGAUGCCAGCGGUCUCAUCCGGAAUUGCUUUUAGCAGCAGUCCGGCCGCCUCGCCGUCAACUCCCUUUUCAGGAAUCGGUCCCCCGGGUAGUGCAACAUUUGGGCCUAACCCCACCCAGCGUAAGUGAAGCCACCGGACAGCGUAGUGCGUACAGUUUAUAAAGCAAGCGUAUACUAGCUCCCAAACGUAUGGAGCUAUACAAAAUGAGCAAAGAUUACGGACGCAGAACGAGAGGAUCGUUUUGUAGAUUCAAAUAAAGAGACCAGAAAGAGUUA